AUGGCGGUACGAAGAAUGUUUUCGUUGCGGUCUGCAAGAUAAUUUGCAGUUCAGACCAAAUUUAACCACAAUUUUAUCAAUUUAAGUGGGGGGAAAACUUUUAAACAUCUCAAUUUAUAUAGGGAGCAGCAUUAUUAUUCAAGGAUGGCUAUAGCAAGACCGCCAGGCGUCGAUUUUGACCACCAUAACUGGACGGAGAGCGCGGAGUGUUUGACGCUUGAUUUUGGUCCAUUCGAGACGGUACAUCGAUGGAGGCGUAUGCCAGAAUGUGACGAGUUUGUUGGAGCUAGGAGGAGUAAACAUACAGUUGUUGCAUACAAAGAAGCUAUCUAUGUGUUUGGAGGAGAUAAUGGGAAGAACAUGCUAAAUGACUUCCUGAGGUUUGAUGUGAAAGACAAGUCAUGGGGAAGGGCAUUUACCACCGGUACCCCACCGGCACCAAGGUACCACCAUUCUGCAGUGGUGCAUGAGGGAAGCAUGUUUGUCUUUGGUGGCUACACUGGUGACAUCCAUUCUAACUCCAACCUGACCAACAAGAAUGACCUGUUUGAGUACAAGUUUGCUACAGGGCAGUGGGUGGAGUGGAAGUUUGAAGGAAGUAGGAUGCCAGUACCCCGUGCUGCCCAUGGUGCUGCAGUGUAUGAUGGGAAGAUGUGGAUUUUUGCUGGCUAUGAUGGCAAUGCCAGGCUCAAUGAUAUGUGGACGAUAUCUUUACUAGGAGACUCUAGACAGUGGGAAGAGGUGCACCAGUCUGGAGACAUUCCCCCUACUUGCUGUAACUUUGCACUAGCUGUGGCUAGAGACUGCAUGUUUGUGUUCUCAGGCCAGAGUGGAGCCAAGAUCACCAAUAACCUAUUCCAGUUUAAUUUCAACUCAAAACAAUGGACCAGAAUCUCUACAGAACACAUCUUGAGAGGAGCACCACCUCCACCAGAGAAGAGAUAUGGUCACACUAUGGUGGCUUAUGACAGACAUCUAUAUGUAUUUGGAGGAGCUACUGGACAAACACUGCCCAAUGAACUACACUGUUUUGAUUUGGACUCUGAAAACUGGUCUAUAAUUGAGCCAUCUGUUGAUAGCCAGGUACCAUCUGGUCGUCUUUUUCAUGCCUCAGCUGUGGUGGGAGAUGCCAUGUAUGUGUUUGGUGGGACAGUAGACAACAAUGUGAGGAGUGGAGAGAUCUACAGGUUCCAGUUCUCCAGCUAUCCCAAGUGUACAGUGCAUGAUGACUACGGCAGGCUGCUAGAGAGCAAACAGUUCUGUGAUGUCAACUUUGUGCUGGGAAAGAACAAUGUCAGUAUUCCUGCUCAUAUUUCCAUGGUUUCUGCCAGAUCUUCCUGGCUGAGGAAUAAAAUCAAACAAGCCAAAGAACAGCAAAUUGCCACAGCUAAUGCCGAAGAAAUGAACUCCAAAAACUCUAGCAAGAAACUGGAAGUGCAUCUCCCUGAAGCAGAGGCCAAGGCUUUUGACAUGAUUCUGUCUUAUAUCUAUACUGACAGAAUACAUCCCACUCAGAAAGGCCAAGAGCCGACCAGUAAUGAGGUCAUUCUCACCAUGAUGGAUGUGUACAGACAGGCAUUACAGUUUCAUAUGAAGAGGCUAGAACAGCUGUGUGUACAAUUUCUUGAAGCCAGUAUAAAUCACAGAAAUGUCUUAGUAGCUCUGCAGAAUGCGGCAAGACUCAAACUAGACUUCCUUAAGGAGUUUUGUCUGAAGUUUAUAGUUAAAGAAAGCAACUACAAUCAGAUAGUGAUGAGCAAGGAGUUUGAGAAUGUGGACCGUUCAUUGAUGGUGGAAAUAAUAAGGAGGCGGCAGAUGCCACCUGUCAGACUGCUGCCAGAGCCUGGCCCAGAUACUACCAACUACAACACCUUGGAGCAAGACCUGGAGACAUUCCUGAAGUACACAGGGCAGGAGUUCUGUGACAUCACCCUCAUGCUGGACGGCACUCCCAUCCAGGCACACAAGGCCAUCCUGGCAGCCAGGUGUAGCUACUUUGAGGCCAUGUUCAGGUCCUUUAUGCCAGAGGAUAACACAGUCAGCAUUGCCAUUGGAGAAAUGGUUCCAUCACGCCAGGCCUUUGACAGCCUGAUGAGGUACAUCUAUUACGGUGAUGUGACCAUGCCUCCAGAAGAUAGCUUGUACUUGUUCUCAGCACCCUACUUCUAUGGUUUCACCAACAACAGGCUGCAGGCUUACUGCAAACAGAACCUGGAGAUGAAUGUGUCUUUUGAGAAUGUGGUCCAGAUUCUGGAGGCUGCAGACCGUAUUCAGGCAUUGGACAUGAAGAAGCAUGCUCUGAACAUCAUUGUUCAUCACUUCCCAAAGGUGGCACGGUUACCCCAGAUCUGCCGUUUAAGCAGGGCACUGCUACUGGACAUAUUCUACGCCCUGGCAGAUGACCUUGGGGACAGUCGCAUGUGUCAGGACGUGUCCUCAAUCAGCCUGUACUCCGACUCCAGCAACAUGUGACUUGAAGCCUGCUGGUGGGAGGAAGAGGGGCAUUGUUGGUAGAUCUUAAUAGUGUGCCAGCUACAUUUCCCAUAGUAAUAUCACAGCAUUAUCUGUUCUACUGUGAUGUACGUUCGCCAGUGGGAGCUUACUGCAGACGUCUUGGAAGUGAGAUGUAUACAGAAAUGCAGUGUUAAAGGGACACGUUGGAGAAGACCAAGGAUGUUAUCGUGUGGCCCUUGUGCCACUUUUUUAAGUGCAAUAGUAUUUUGGUGCUUUAUUAAAAACAACAGCAACAACAUUUGCAGCUGUUUUGUUUGACGGUGAUCAUCCAUGUAUGCCACAGUUAAUAUUAUUGGAGAUGAUUUGAUGCUAUUGCAUUCGAACCAAGGCUUGUUGUGAUAGGUGCGACAGAGCUGAUUAUGUUUCAUGUUGUUUCCAGUUCUGCUACCGCACUUUUUAUAGUCAUCUUGGUGCUGACAUUCUUUUCCCCAUAUCACCUCCGGUAAAUGUGUGCAAUUUUGAACAAUCGUUCAUAUGUUGUGAGCAAUGGACAAUAUUGUAACAAAAUUUUAACUAAACGUGUAUUUGUUGUAAGGCAAAGAGGUGUAAUGGCGUUUGCUUUUAACAAGUUAAUAGCCUGGGCCUAAUAGAAUCUGCAACGGAAUAUGGCUGUAGGAGGGGGGCAUUUAAGCCAAAAAAAAUGAUAAUACAUAAUUAUUUCGGCAUCACUUAAUGCGUUAUAACAUCAAAAUAAGUGGUACACUGGUUAAGUCAAUUUUGUUAAUAUAUUAUAUUAAGCGAGUCCGACUAUGUUGACCAGGUGUUAUCUGAGUCUGCUUUGAAUAAAAUUAC